AUGAGCAGUUGCGAGGUACUUCUGGAGGAGCCCAGUGGUGAUGCGAGCAGCUUAGCAGCGGCUGAUAAGUCGGACGAACCGAUGCUCACUUGCCUUACAUUCAUUUUCCACUGGAACAUACCGAUUGUACGGACGCUGAAUUUCAUAGGAUCACCGAAAUGGCCUGAAAUGCGGACUAGCUGGAGACUGUUCCUGGAUCAUUGCAAAGUUUUCACGCAACCGAACCCGCUGGCAAUAAUAUUCAAGCUACAACUGGUCCGGAAUGAAGAAUAUUCUGCACAAAUUACAUCGAUGCCGGAUACAUACCAUUCAGCAUUUUUCUCGGGCGGAAAUUAUCGUAUCCUGGAAGGAAAUUCGUUGCUCAACUGCCUUACUGAUGGUUUUCUUUUUUGA